CGCGCGCCCUUGCCAUGGCUAGGUGGGUGCCGGUCAUCGUGGCCCUGCUGCUCGCGACCGCCGCGGCGCGCAAGUCGCCCCCCGCGCCCGCGCGCCACGAGCCGCAAAUCGAGGAGGUCACCGCCAAGCAGCUGGAGCGCCUGCUGGAGGAGAAGGACUUCGUGGCGGUGUUCUGGUAUGCACGAAGCUGUGUAACGUGCGACAAAGUGCUGGAGGAGUUGGAGACGAUCGACGACGACACGGACACCUUCGGCGUGGACUUCGUCAAGAUCAACGACAAGCGGCUCGCCAAACAGCAUGGCAUCACGAAAUUCCCCGCCCUCACGUACUUCCGUGAGAAGGAACCGAUCAUUUACGAAGGAGAUCUUAUGGACGAGGAGAGCGUCCUGGAUUUCUUGACGAGCUUAGAAGCAAUGGACCUUCCUGACAGGAUAGAAGAAGUCAAUCAGAAAAUCUUGGAAAAAAUAAUCGAGGAUACGGAAUAUGUUGCUGUGCUCUUCUGUCCUGAUCACAGUAGUUGCGGCCCGUUAAGCAAUAAACCUGAAUGCAAGAAAUGUGCCAAAGCUCUCCAAGAACUGGAAAACAUCGAUGACGAGGCUGAUCAGCUUGGAAUAGGUUUUGUGAAAAUCCACGAUGAAGAACUAGCCGAGGAGUACAGUCUUGGAGAAUUGCCAAGAUUAGUAUACUAUAGGCACCAAAUACCCGUCAUCUAUGAAGGAGAACUCAGCCGGGAAGAGGACGUCUUGGAAUGGCUCAUUGCCAACAAAUCGACUGGGGAUGAAGAAGAUGUGAUCGAGGAUGUAACGGCUAAAACACUCAAUACUCUUAUAGGAAACAUCGAUAAUCUUGUCGUAUUAUUCUACGAUCACGGUGACGAUGAGUCAAUGACGGUUUUAGCAGAACUUGAAAAAAUUGACGACGACUGUGAUCGUCACGGAAUUCAAUUUGUUAAAAUCGAUGACAAGAAAGCCGCUAAAGAAUUUGGAAUCGACGAUGUCCCAUCUAUUGUGUACUUUGAAAAACAGAUCCCCAAUGUUUACGACGGUGACCUUGAGAACGAAGAUGAGAUUUUGGAGUGGCUUGUAAGCCAAUUAGAGAAAGAUGAAAUCGAGGACGUAACUGAUGAAAUGCUCGACAAGCUUAUUAAGGAUGGAAAAACAGUCGCUGUUUUAUUUUAUGAUAACAAUGACCGAAAGUCUCAGAAGGUUCUAAAUGAGCUUGAAAACAUUGACGACGAAUGUGACCAACUAGGCAUUGCUUUUGUAAAAAUAGACAAUGACGAAGAAGCUCGAGAAUAUGGUAUCGAUAAAGUUCCUACGCUUUUGUACUUUGAAAAAGGUAUCCCCACAUUUUAUGAAGGUAAUCUAGAAGAGGAAGAAAAAGUUCUUACUUGGUUAAAACAUCAGACCGAAAGUGAUGAAAUAGAAGAUAUUACGGAUGAGAUGUUAGAUCUGAUACUUGAAAAAAUGAAUUAUGUCGCAGUUCUGUUUUAUGACAAGGAUCAGAAGAAGAGUCAAAAGGUUUUAGCCGAAUUAGAAAAUAUUGACGAUGAGUGCGAUCAAAACGAUAUAGCUUUCGUUAAGAUAGACGAUGACAAGGAAGCAAAGGAAUAUGGUAUUGAAUCUGUGCCAACGAUUGUUUUCUUUGAGAAAGGCAUACCACACAUUUAUGAGGGUGACCUUAUGAAUGAAGAUGAACUCUUAGGAUGGUUAAUACACCAGAAACGUCAUAGUGAAAUUCCUGAAGUUACUGAUGAAAUGAUGGACAAACUUAUUGAAUCAACACAAUACCUCGCAGUAAUAUUCUAUAACAAAGAGGAUAAGCAAGAUAUCAGGGUUAUGAAUGAAUUGGAAAACAUUGAUGAUGAUUUAGAGAAAGAAGGCAUUGUCAUAGUAAGAAUAGACAACAAUGCUGAGGCAAAAGAAUAUGGAAUCCACCAUCUACCAACUUUAGUUUACUUCGAAGAUAAUAUACCAGCUAUUUAUGAAGGCGAUCUUAUGAACGAAAAUGAAGUUCUAGAAUGGCUAAUUGAGCAAAAAAAUAGUGCAACCAUAGAAGAAGUAAAUGACGAAAUAUUGGUGGAUCUUAUUGAGGAACAUGAAUAUGUGGUUGUCUAUUUCAGUGGAACUUGUGAAGAAAGUGAAGAAUGCGAUACAAUCUUGGAUGAGUUGGAAAACAUCGAUGACGAACUAGAUGAAACUGGAAUUAUAUUCGUCACUACAGAAGAUACAUCACUAGCGAAAAAGCAUGGCAUUAAAAAUUUCCCAACUCUGGUCUUCUUCAGAAAUAAAGAGCCACUAUUCUUCAAAGGCGACAUUGAAGAUGAAGAUGAAGUUUUGGCUUGGUUGACUGAUGAAGAUACUUUAGAAAUUCCGGGGAGAAUAGAAGAGGUUAAUGUAAAGAUGCUUGAGAAGAUAUUAGAAGAGAAUGAUCACAUCGUAGUUUUCUUUUAUAAGGAAGGUGACAAAAAAUCACAGAAAAUUUUAAGUGAGUUAGAAAAUAUCGAUGACGAGUGCGAAGAAAAAGAUAUCGAUUUCGUCAAAACAUCUGACGAAGGAAUUGAGAAAGAAUAUGAUUUACCAGACUUGCCAGCUCUAGCAUUUUACCGUCACAAAUUUAGAACUAUAUACGAUGGGGACUUGAUGCACGAGGAAGCUAUUUUGAAGUGGGUUUUGGAAUUGCACGAAUCUGUACCAGAUGUUAUUGAAAAUGUUGAUCGGAAAACUUUAAAAGAUCUCAUAAAUGACGUCGAACAUUUGGCCGUAUUUUUCUAUAGCGACACCUGUGAUACCUGUGAUGAUAUCCUUGAGGAACUAGAAACUAUUGAUGACGACACUGACAAACAUGGUAUUCAGUUCGUUAAGUCUAAGGAUGCUAAGCUGGCAUCUGAUAUUGGUAUUUUCAGCUUUCCAGCUCUUGUAUACUAUGAAACCGGAGUUCCAAUAAUGUAUGAUGGUGAUUUAAAGAACGAAAAUAAGGUCCUCCAGUGGCUUAUAGAUCAAAAAAGUGAAGAUAAAAAGCGACAGAAAAAAGUAAACCCUAAAUCAAAGGCAACUGCUGAUGUAAGCAAAAAAUCACGGCUUGAAAAAAAGGAUGAUAACGAAGAAAAUAUUAAAACUAAAAAAGAAAACAAAGAAUUGGACUUGAACAAACUUGAAGGCGAUCGCUGUUUCUACAUUGGAUUGGGUGCGAAACCAGCUGUCCCAAAAAAGUCUUACGACUCGUACCAGUGCUGUCCCACUAAAGUCCAGAGUCCGACAAAAGUAGCGAAGGCAUCACCAGAAAAGGAGACGGCAAAGAAAUUGGACAAGGAAAAAGCGGCACCGGCUGAGAAAUCUGGGAAGGGAAAAAACAAGGCACUCGCAAAGGCUGACAAGGCACUGAAAGGGAAAAAAGGGGACUUACUGGAUGAGUCCGAAGUUCUGGAUUGGAUGGUGCAACAAAAGGAAGAUGAAAGUAUAGAGGAAAUUGACAGAGAUCAACUGUUUAAAUAUAUUGAAACAAAGGAAUUUUUGGCGGUAGUAUUUUACAAAGAAGAAGACCCUGGAAGUCCACGAAUACUUAGACACGUUGAACUCAUAGACGAUGAGGCAUCCGAGUAUGGUAUUAAAAUCGUAAAAUGUAGCGAUCGUCUCAUGGCCAAGAAAUAUGGCUUUAGAAAUCCACCGGGUAUCACCUACUUUAGAAAGACCAAGUAUAUUAAUUACGACGGGGAUAUAGACGAUGAAGAAGAAAUUCUAGAUUGGCUGACUAAUCCAGAAAAUAUGGAACUUACAGAUCACAUUGAAAAAGUUAAUAGGAAAAUGUUCCAGAAGAUUCGUCAAAUGUCUGAUUAUGUAGCUGUGUUCUUUUACAGUAAUGACUGCAAACAGUGUCCAAAAGUUCUUGCCGAGAUAGAACAUAUUGAUGAUGAUGCUGAUGGGGCUGGGAUUAACUUUGUGAAAAUUGACGACAGGCAGAUGGCAAAAGAAUUUGGAGUAUUUGCUUUACCAGCUGUUUUGUUCUUCAAAUUGGGUUCUAAGGAUCCUGUCAUUUAUGCGGGUGACCUAUACGAUGAACAACAACUACUAAAUUGGCUACUGACGCAGAAAAAUCCGUCUGGAGACGUAAUUGAAGCUUUGGAAGGCCAAGAACUUAUAGAUCUAAUUGAGAGCUCUACCUCAAUAGCUGUUUACUUCUGGAACAAAACGUUAUGUGAGCUAUGCAAUUCAAAACCAACGAAAAAGAAAAAGUCUAAAGACAUCGAGGAAGAAUUACAGGAUACAGAUGACUCCCUAGAUUGCGAACAAUGUGCUGGAAUUUUGGAAGAACUCGAAAAUAUUGAUGACGAUUGCGACAGACAUGGUAUUAAAUUCGUCAAGACACAAGAUUAUUCUAUUGCUGAGUCAUAUGGGGCUACUGAUUUUCCCGUGCUAGUUUACUUUGAGCAUAACGUGCCAAAUGUUUAUGAAGGUUCAUUAGCAGAGGAAGAAGAGGUGUUACAGUGGUUGAUUACACAAAAAACCGAAGACCGCAUUGAACUUAUAACAAGAGUUAUGCUAGAAAAGAUGGUGGAAGAAACACAAUAUUUAGCAGUAUAUUUCUAUAAACUAAACUGUCACAUAUGUGAUCACAUUCUUGAAGAAUUAGAAAAGAUUGAUGACGAAUGUGACGUAUAUGGCAUUCACAUGGUUAAACUUCAGGAUCCGCAACUAGCCAAAAGAUAUUCUAUCAAAACUUUCCCAGCAAUGGUAUAUUUCAGAAAUGGGAAUCCGUUACUUUUUGAAGGCGACUUACAAAAUGAAGAAUCAAUCUUAGAAUGGCUUAUUGAUGAUGACAAUCGUGAGUUAGCGGAUGAGAUUGAAUCUGUAAAUGAUAGAAUGCUUGACAGGCUAUUGUUCGAGUCCCAUUUACUUGCUGUAUUCUUUUACGACGAAGAAGAUUGUCCUGAAUGUGAAGACAUUUUGGAGUCCUUGGAACAAAUCGACGGUGAAGUGGAUCAAUUUGGAAUCGACUUUGUAAAAAUAUCAAGCCCCGAUGCAGCUGAGAGAUAUGGCAUUGUAAACAUACCGUCACUUGUCUACUAUCGUAAGCGUACCCCAAUGUUUUACGAUGGAGAUUUACACCAAGUAGACAAAGUACUUCAAUGGUUAACGUCUCAAGAUGUUUUUGAACUGAAAAACGAAAUUGAAGAGGUUAACAGAAAGAUGUUGGACAAACUACUAGAGGAAAAUGAAUUUCUCGCUGUAUAUUUCUACGAGAAUUCUCAAGAAAGCCGAUUCGUACUAGACAAAUUAGAGAACAUUGAUAGUGAGACCGAUAACUUGGACAUUACUUUUGUCAAAAUGCACGACCCUCGAUAUGCAAGAAAAUGGGGUGUUACAAAACUGCCAGCGAUUGUUUAUUUCCGGAAACGGUUUCCCAGUAUAUACAGAGGCGAGUUGAUGGCCGAGGACGAAGUAUUGGAGUGGUUGCGGAAAAAUCGAUUUAGGCAGCCAGAGUUGAAUAUAUUUAUGUAUGCGUUGAUAGCACUAUCAAUAGCUUUCGUUAUUUACACUGCCUUUCUUAUGCAGUGUUUCAAGCCUGCCCCUACCACUACAACGCAACAUCCAAAGCAAUCGUGAAAGUGAAGCGACCAAAAGUUCAUAAUAAGAAUAGGUUUAUAAUAAAAGGAUGCACAAAAUGUUUAAUUUUGUGUCUAAAUGGGCGCUAUUCCCAAUAAAUUAUAAGCGUCCUUUCCUGAAGGAGAUGAAAUAUUG